AUGGUCAAGGCCGUCGUCAAGCGCAAGGCCGAUGACCUGACGAGUACGGGGUUGGCGAAGAUCAACGACGCCUAUUACACCGCCCUCGGCAACGCCGUCAGCCGAGUUUUGCAGAGUGACGCGUUCAAGGAUGUGCGAAGUAAAGCCCCCUUGACAAUCACGCAUGGAGGUUCACGAGAAGCUUUCAAGAAGGAGAGCUUCAGAACCGCCCUCAAGAAAGAUGACUACGUGACAUCGGGGAAUGCUGCGUGGAUCAACGAGAUGUACAACCCGCUCCACGGCGUUCCGCUGAGUUCCACCAGCAUCCAGAACAUCGCGGACCACAACUACAGGACGCCCAGCUCCGUGGGUAACAUCACCUUCGACAUCGCAGCAGAUUCUCACACUUGGAGUCCUGAGGAGCAUAAGGGCGCCCUGAAGCUGGCAGGGCCGAUGGAACCAUUGCACGCGUUGUGGAUCGCUGCCGACAGGGACAUCCAAGCGAACCCCGAGGACACCGACCUUCAUGGUGAGUGGGCCAAGGUUUUCCGGGGCGUGGGCUUUCGCUAUGUCGUCAUUUCAAACGACUUGGACGUGUUCCACCACCAGGAGAACGAGAAAGAGAAGUUAAUCACCCUCGGCGACGCUGUCACGCCCAGUGGCCUGCAAAAGAUCAUGAAGAUCGUGAAUUACAAGAUCCGGUACUUGCAGAAAGAGCAGAAGGACGACAUACCAAAUACAGAGCUGAUGAGGUGGCUCAAGUCGAAGAUUUCAUUGUCUCCCAAGUCGGAGCAGUUCUCAGCUGACUACGUGAACCACGCCAUCUCCACUUUCGACAACGCUAUCUCCAACACUACGAUUUUGGGACUUGUGUCGGAGUGCCAGAAGAUGGGCACCGCCUCCCCUUUCGCUUUCAUUUCUGGGAUGCACAUCAUGGUCCUGAGUGAGACCAUUUGGAUAUUCGCCAGCGCUGUGGACUACGUGAAAAUGGAUUUCGCUGAAAAAAAUGCCUUCGCCACGCGUCAUCUCCAGCCAGAACGCGGCAACAAGAAAAGCAUAUUGGACCUCUUCCUCUUCAAGAAAACCGUCCGCGACUACCUGGUGGAUGCGUGGAUGUCGGCCAAGCCUUGGCCAAGCGAGAUCAAGGCGCUCAUCCGGGAGAAGACCAAGGACCACGGGGUAUACCGAAAGAUGGUCCGUGGGUAUCCGGAUGACCACUCCCCGAAGGAUCACACUUGGAAGAAGGGCUUCUCCAUCAGCGCGAAGCUCUUUUUUGAUAUGGUCGAGGGCGUCGCGUACGACAGGGAGUUUGACCCGUCACUCAAUAAUGCAGUAAAGAACCGAAAGAGCGCAGCCGAGGUACUCGAGUACACGCAGUUCAAGGAGAAGAUCGCCGACAUCGAGAAGCAGAUCACCGACGAGGCAGUAGCGAAGGCGGCGAUGGAUAAGGGGGGCGUGGAGCCAGUCACCACGCCAGCGGGAUCCACAGCGCAGGACGGCGUGAAGCUGGAUGUGCCCAGCGUGGACUCCAAAGAGGUUGAGGAUAAGGAGAAGUUCACCGACUACUGGCAGAAGUACGCGACGGAGUUCCUCAGGACCUACAUCGCCCUCAUCUCGGAGCCUCAGACGGAGGCGCAGCUGGCAGCUGCGUUGACGGCCUGCUCGGUGAGCCAGACCAGCGUUGGCGUGAAGGGCCAGGACUAUGUGGCAGCGUUCUUCACAGCAGGGUUGUCAUCAGAAUCCAUCGCUGAUCCACACACGCGGGGUGCACCAUUUCGCAAGGAGAGGCUGCUAAAAUGUGGCAAGGCGUUCCUCGCAGCUCGGAGGGAUUUACACCGGAGGAACUCGGGGAGCGACGAUGAGGAGAUAACCAUCGGUCCCGGAGACGUUUUUAUCGCGCUGGACAACCAGAAGCCUGGCAAUUUGAGCAAGUUUACCGACUUCUUGAAAGACUCCCAGGGGAAGAAAGACCAUCUUUUCAAGCGCAAGUUCAUGCUGGUGUACGACUUCCACACCCUUAAGGCCCGCAGGCACCGUUCCAAAGGAAUUGGCACCCUGAAGCAGGAGGAGACCAUGAUCGCAGUGACAAGCGGCGCAGCGUUGCAGGUCCCAUCGAAGAUGCACACCAAGUACCAGGGCCAUAACAACGGGACGUGCAUCGGGCCGAUCAAGCUUGCGCCAUUCAAUGAGUGCUGGACGGUCAGCUUCGACGAGAAGAAAGCCAUCUAUGGAAAGUUGCGCCUACCAGUUGGGGGAUCUGGUGACGACGACGGCGAUGAUGGCUGCGGCGACGGAGGCGAUGGAGAUGAGGUUCCCCCGACGAUCGCGGAGUUCGAGGCCGCAGCUUCCUGCCUUUCGACGGAUCCACCAUUCGAGACCCCCAGCAAGAAGACCAAGGUUCGUGCGGGAGCUAACAUCGAGCCCAUGAGCUACUACAGCAUGCCCGAGGAGUUCUUCGCCGAUGUCAUCGACGCCCUUUGCUUGAAAGAUACAUUCGACUUCACGCCAGGAGACGGGGCCAAUGCCAUGGCUCACCUCAGGAGCUGCCGCCAGAUUCCCAGGAGCUACGUGGGCAUCUGCUUCAACGACGUGCACCUCGAGAAGCUCGAAGCACACUUGAUCAAGAUGACGCUGAAAGCCUUCUGCACCUCGUCGGAUCCGCUCUUCCAUCCGCAGUACGCAGCUGGGUUGAAGAACCAUGGUGAGGCGGCGGUGCUGGCGCCGACCAAGGGCCCCAUUCUCAAGGUUCCCAAGGCGGCCGACGAGGAGGACGUGGACAUGGCGGGCAGUGCAGAGAAGCAAGCGGCAAGCGACGACGCCACCAGCAACAUCGCCGCAGACCAGCCGGCCACCAUCGGCGACAUGACGGGUAACGCCGACGACGCGGGCCACGACACGGGCGGCGCGGAGGCGGCCGACAGCCUUCACGUGGACACGGCGGGUAGCGCCGCAGAGCAGGUGGCAAGCGACGACGACGCCAGCAUCAUCAUGUCUCCAGACAGCGCUGCAGAUCCAGCGGCCGUUGUCGCGGCCAUCGUCGGCGACGCGACGGGCAACGCCGAGCGCAACGACGCGGGCCACGACGGGAAGGGCUGCGCGGAGGCUGCCGGCGAGGAGGCCGACGUCGACGAGCUGAUCACCCCUAGCGGCGACAGAGACCACGCCAGCGCUGGCAGCGAGGAGGGCAGGUUCCCUGACGCUGGAUCCCGAAUCUCAGUGAUGGACCUCGACGAGCUCCUGCCGGACGAGAAGACUACUGACAAGAAGAAUACCGACAAGAAGAAGAAUACCGACAAGAAGAAGGCCGUCAAGAAGGCCGUCAAGAAGAAUACCGACAAGAAGAAGAAAAGCAGACGUGAUCCGUCACCGUGCUCGUCUUCUUCAUCCUCCGAGGGGGCCGUGCUCUUGCGCCUGGGGACGUUCUUCAGCGGGCUGGAAACUCCAUCGGUCGCCUUGAACCAGAUCGGCCUGCCACACAAGUUAGAGUUUGCGAUUGAGCUAGAGGACUGCCUGCGGACCCUCAUCUACCAGACGUGGCACCCCACGGAGCUGCACUCGGAUGUGAAUUCUGUCGACAUGAAGGCUUUGCCCGACGUCGACAUCGCUGUUGGGGGAGCUCCGUGCCAGCCAUUUGCCAAGGGUGGCUCAUUGAAAGGCAUGGAGGAUCCACGGGGGCGUCUCGUCUACAAGAUGGUCGAGUACGUGGGGGCCAAGGCCAAGGCUAAUCUUCCAUUGCCGCGCGCCCUCCUCAUGGAGCAGUCCAAGACCUUGAAGAACAAGUGGAGCGACGUUUACGACAACAUCAAAUCUCGUCUUACCAAGCUAGGCUACCGCUUCAAGUCGACCUUCGUCAAUACCAACCUCCAUGGAAUACCCCAAUCACGCGAACGGCUUUACAUGGUGGCCUACUUCAAGGUGCACAAGUUCCACUUUCCCGAGGAGUUGAAGACAACCAUUCCCAUUGAGAAGAUGUUGCACCCGAUGUGGCAGACCGACUUGAAGACCACGCUUGUCCCAACAAACGCAGUGGCGCGGAUUGACCAGGCCCGCAAGGAAGCGGCGGACAGCGGCUACAACCCCGACGUCGACACCGUCUUCGUCGACCUAGACUCGUCAGAGCGUUUCUGGAGUUGGAAGGUUGAUGAGAGCAUGACGUUGACGAGAAGGCGAUGUGAGGGUGGCGGCUGGUUCAUGACGAACCGCGGUCGCCGGCAGACUGUCCGUGAGAUGCUCGCGAUGCAAGGGAUCGUCCCGCGUAGUCUGGGGGACACAACUUGCAUGUCUAGGACGGCGCUGCUGUCUGCGAUCGGCAAUGCCAUGUCAGUCAACGUACUGGAGCGGAUCCUGCCCCGCAUCGCCUGGUCCAUCGGUAAGCUGCCCCAGAAGAUGCACCUGCCGGGCCUGAGCGUGCUGGAGACGGGGUCGAUCACGGCGGCGACGCGGGCGCAGUACGUGGAGGCCUUCGACGGCUUCCAGGCUUGGAUGGCACGGCGGGGCGUGCAGCCCACGACGCUGGACGACUACGACGAGCAGCUGGUCCUCCGCCUGGACGAGCUCUACCUGGACGGCGAGGGGAUCGGGGCCGGGCAGAAGCUCUUCGCGUCGGUGCUCUUCUUCCUGGGGCUGACGAAGGCGGCGGGCUCGCCGAUGGCGCGAGCGCGGCGGGCGCUGCGCGGGUUCCGUCGGCUGGCGCCGCCUACCUCGCGGCUCCCGCUCCCCUUCGAGUUGCUGGGCGCGCUGGUGAACUACCUCGUGAGCGUCUCGAAGCUCGAGGCGGCACUCGUGCUGUGGCUGAGCUUCGAGCUGUACCUGCGCCCAAGCGAGCCGUACCACAUCCGGGCCACCGACUUGGUUCGCCCGGCUCGCGGCCGCCUGGGGCACGACAGCUGGAGCGUGACUCUGCGCGCCGCCGAGACGGAGGUGCUCUCGAAGACCGCCGAGUACGACGAGGCGCUGAAGCUGGACCUGCCGCGGCAGGAGCUGCUGGGCCCGGCGCUGGAGGCUUCAGUGGCCGCGCGGCUCGGCCCCGACUGGCGGCGGCCUCGCCCCGCGGCAGCGCGCGGCGCCGCCGCGGGCGGCCGCGCGAGCGGCGCGGCCCCGGAGCCUCUGCUGUUCGUGAUCACGCAGCGCGAGGUCUCGAGCGCCCUCUCGGCCGCCGCCAGGGCCCUCGGGGUCGAGAAGUUCCUGCCCGGCCUGCGCCCCUACAUGCUCAGGCACGGGGGCGCGUCUCACGACUACGGCAGCAAGGCCAGGUCCCUCGUCGACGUCCAGCGCAGAGGCCGGUGGCAGUCGUGGCAUUCGGUCCGCCGAUACGAGAAAGGCGCUCGCCUGUCGCAGGUGCUGCAGAUGGUGCCCGCUGCGAUGCAGGUGUUCAGCGGGUCCGGGCGCCUGGGACGGGCGAUCGCCGCUGAAGGGCUGCCCGUCCUGCUUUGGGACAUUUGCCUGGGCCCCGAGUAUGACCUGCUGAGCCCGCAGAAGCGUGGGCUGAUUCGGCCCUGGGUUCGAAGCGGCCUCGUGAUUGGCAUCCACCUCGGGACGCCCUGCAACACGUGGAGCCGCGCGCGGGACAUCCCGCCCGGACCGAUGCCGCUGCGAAGUGACGCCUUCCCUCUUGGCCUGCCCGACUUGAGCGUCAAAGAUCAGGCCAAAGUUGAUGCAGGCAACGUUUUCAUGAUUUUCAGCGCUGGCCUCAUGCACGAGGCCAUCAGGGCCAACAUCCCAGCUAGUAAUGAGAAUCCUCAGACGAGCCGACUUUGGCUCGCCCCUCCUUUCGUCCGCCUGCUGCGCUCGUCGGCCGUCACUUUCACUGUCACGCAUUUCUGUCAGUGGGGAGCGCCGUGGCGAAAAGCCACGGCUUUCGCCACAGUCAACCUCGAUAUGAGUCGCAUCGGUCGUGCGCUGUGCAAGUCUUCCAAGAGAGGAGUCUGUUCCCGCACUGGCCUGCCGCACGCCCAGCUGCAUGGAAAAAACGUGGAGCGCGUCUUUGAAACCAAGCUGGCCGAGGCUUACCCUCAGCGGUUGUGCAGCGCCCUCGCCCAAGCCUAUAGUAAUGCCGUAAUAUCUCACAG